AUGGAGACAAUUGCUACUGCACUUACGCUUGAAUUUCAAUUUAGUUCUGAAUCUGAUUCGGAAAACGAAUUCGAAUCCGACACUAUAGCGCUUAUCUCCCAGCUGGCUGAUAAAAAGUCAGGGAGAAGCUCAUAUAUGAAAAGAAGAAAAACUCAUGGAGAAUUUAUGUUAACUAAAGAAUUUAGUGACGAACAAUUCAACAAUUAUUUUCGGCUAAACCGUGAUCAAUUUAAAGAAGUGCACGAGAUCAUUAGGGAAGAAAUUGAUGCAGAAGGAUGUAAUGCAACAAGGCCCAUUGGAACUGAAGAGAAACUAGCUGUAUUCUUAAGGUACUUAGCCACAGGAAACAGCUACAAAAGUAUUGCAUACAGCUACAGAAUGGGUGAUCGAACGGUCUCUAAUGUUGUGCGCGAAGUAUCGCAAGCAAUUUGGAAACUGAUGCAACCGACAUAUUUGCCAGAACCUUCAGAAGAAGACUGGAAAUCCGUUGCUCUUGAUUUUGAAAGAAAAUUGCAAUUCCCGCAUUGCAUUGGAGGGAUUGACGGGAAGCACGUUGUAAUUAAAAAACCUGGAAAAAGUGGAUCGUCUUAUAUCAACUACAAACGUACUUUCUCCAUUNUGCAGUUCUUUAUUCCCGACAAUUAUUUAUCCCUACACUGA